AAAUCUAAACCAUUACUACAUCUCUCCUCCUCCUUCGUCUCUAUCUCUAUUAUCUCUCUCUCUCUCUCUCUCUCUCUCUCUCUCUCUCUCUACGUCCGCCAUUGAUGAUGUAGCCACCACUCAGCCAGCGAGCUCGCUCAAGCAAACCCAAUCGCCGUUACAGUAAUGGGAAGGUCGACGAGGUCGGGCCAUCACUACCGGUCGUCACAGACCCUCCCGUCGUCCCCGACCCACUCCCUCUCCUCCUCCUCCUCCGACUUCGAGUUCACCGUCUCGAUCUCCCCCCGCAAGUCCUCCGCCGCCCUCUGCCCCGCCGACGAGCUCUUCUACAAGGGCCAGCUCCUCCCCCUCCAGCUCUCCCCCCGCCUCUCCAUGGUCCGCACCCUCCUCCUCUCCUCCCCCUCCUCCUCCGGCACCGCCACAGACUCCUCCCGCGACUCCUCCGGCAGCUCCUCCGACUUCUCCUCCUGCUGCGACUCCUCCCGCCCCAGCUCCGCCGCCGACCCCUACGACGAGGAGCUCAAGCGCCUCACCGUCAACAGCAACCACCCCCACCACCACCAGAUCAGAGGCAAGUCGGAGACGUCCGGCAAGUACUUCUCCCUCCCCAAGCUCUCCUCCGUCUUCCGGAAGGACGCCAAUGCCAAAAGCCGCGAGCUGUCCUCCGUCAAGCGAAUGAGCGCAUCCGCCAAGGAGGUCUUCCGAAGGUAUUUGAAAAAGGUUAAACCGCUGUACGAGAAGCUGUCCACGAAACAACAGCAGCAGCAGCAGCGGAUGGGCAAAAUGACAUCCGUACCCUCGAAGCUGGACGAUGCCAUCAUCAGAUCCGCCACCUCCCUCGGCCACGAAGCAUCACCUGCUGCACCAGGCAAGGGCGGGAGCGCAAGGAGGGAUGUCGGGGGCAGCAUGUUCGACCACUCGUUCUCGGGUAACCUCCGGUACCCGAGGAUCGGCGGCAGCAGCAGCAAGCGGAUCAAUGCCUGCGCCGCAUCGAGCUGCCCGUCCUCGAUGCGGUCCUCGCCGAGCCACUCCGGUGUGCUGGGCAGGGGAGGGUACCCGGGCCCGGCGAGGACCGGAUCCGGGGGAGGGGCGGGGUACUUUUACGGGGACAGCGUGGCGUCGACCAUGGAGGAGCUGCAGAGCGCGAUACAGGGUGCGAUAACACACUGCAAGAACUCGAUGAUGCAGCAGCAGCAGCAGAGCACGAGCAAGCAGCGGGAUCCGGGGCAGAGCAGUAAAUUCGGUCUGAAUGUGAUUUGAUUUAAGCUUUUCGUCUUGUCCUUUUUGUCUCUGUACUUUGCUGUUUUAUUGAAUUUUUUUUUUUCCUGAUCAAUCAGUAGAAAGAAAAGAGUUGGGAAAAUGUGUAAAAAGGGAAAACCGAUUUUUCUGUUUUCUGUUUUCCACUGGAGGGAUAGCCAGCCGGGAGGAGAAGAUGAGAUGAAAUCAUGAUGAAGGGGAAGGGAAGGGAAGCCAAGCGAGGGAGAGAUGAAAAACAUGUGAUGUCUCUGAAGAAGAGGAGCUGGCAGAAUCUCUCGAUGAAAUCGAGAAUCUGAAGAGAUUCUCUCUCUCUCUCUCUCUCUCUCUCUCUAUCUCUUCCUUAAGGGGAGAUGAGAAAAAGGUUUGACUUCACCAUAUACAGAGGUUAUGAAACGGUCAAUUUUAGCU